CACCGCAAUGUUUACAACAUCCAAAGUACACCGAAUCAUCAUCAUAGCGAUUUUAGUGGAUUUCGCGAGAGGGUCGACUCAAAGGUACGAAAAUCCGAAACCUUCGACACGGCGUUUUGAUCCAGACGAUUUCCUGGAUACGGCUCAAAUCAUCAGAAGGCAUGGGUAUCCAGCAGAAACACACAUUGUUGCCACCGAAGACGGGUAUCUAAUCGGUUUGCACAGAAUUCCUGGAUCGCAAGAUGGGAAAAAAGGGUGCCAACCUGUGUUUUUGCAACAUGGAUUGUUGGGGAGCAGCGCUGAUUGGAUUAUGAACGGAAAUAAUUCACUGGGUUUUCUCCUGGCUGAUCAGGGAUACGAUGUAUGGUUAGGAAACUAUAGAGGCAAUACUUAUUCUAGAGGACACGUGACUUUGCCAACAUGGAGUGCCCAGUAUUGGAAUUUCAGCUGGCAUGAAAUGGGAAUUUAUGAUUUACCUGCAGCUCUUUAUUAUGUUAGCAACACAACAGGAAAGUACGGGGAAAUCAUAUACAUAGGUCACUCGAUGGGUGGCACUGGGUACUUAGUAAUGUCCUCCACCAAGCCAGAAGCUGCCAAAAACGUGAAACUGAUGAUUGGCCUGGCUCCCGCUAGUCACAUGACGAACGUGACCUCCCCAGUACGCUACCUAGCGCCGUACGCCAAUGACAUCCAGUGGUUGUCCAAGUACCUGGGCAUCAACGAGCUCCUACCCAACGAUAAGCUCCUCAAGUUCCUCUCCUAUGAGUGCGACAAAACGGUCAAGAACGACAAAAUAUGUGGAAAUGUCCUGUUCAUUUUCCUUGGCUUCGAGAAAGACGAGUUCAACGUAGAUAUUUUGCCGAAAGUGUUGAGUCAUGAUCCUGCAGGUACAUCUUCCAAAACUGUGUUGCACUACGCUCAGGAGAUCAGGGACCACGGCAGAUUCCAACAGUACGAUUACGGGCUCGAAGGGAACUUGAUCAAAUACGGAACACCUUCACCGCCCUUGUAUAAAAUGGAGAAGGUGAAGUCGAAAGUGUAUUUGAUGUACGCUGAAAUGGACAACUUAGCCAGUGCAACGGACGUGCGGAUACUGUCUAGGGAAUUGAAAAAUCUCGUUGGGCUGUACAAGGUUCCGCUGAGGGUGUUCAAUCAUGUGGAUUUUAUAUUCGGAAAAGAUGCCUAUAGUUUAGUUUAUAAAAAGGUUCUGGAGGUUAUGAAGAAUUUCACGAUCAAUUAGGUGCUAGGUAGUUUAUUAUUAUUGGUAAUUAAAUUCAUCGUUGUAAUUUUCUGUACUUUUAAUUUCAUUUCCCGAAGUUGUUAUUACAUUGAAGAUUUC